AAUCCAUUGUUCCACCAAAGAAAAUAGAGAAAAUGUCAGAAUCCUUACAUAAGAGGAUGAAAUUCAGCCUACCAGACGAUGUAUUGGAGCUUAUCAUGUCAACGUUUCUUCCCAUCCAAAAUGCUUUAAGAUGUCGUCAAGUGUCGUCAAGGUUUAGGAAAGCAAAGAUUCGAUCCCGAUAUCUUGAUUUCAGCGGAAUAAACUCUGUGAAACGGAGUCAGUUAAAGGUAGUAGAUAUAAUCGACGAAGUUUUUAAAAAUCACAUAGGAUUGGAGAUCAACCAGUUGGUUUUGAUUCUCAAUCAUAUCGGCAUUGAAGAUAAGAUUUUAAUGUGGAUUAAAAAGUGUAUUGAUAAAAAUCUUAAAGAGCUUGUCUUAGAUUUUUCCAAAUCUAAAAAAGUUUUAGAGAUUCCGAUCAAUUUCUGGGCCAUUGAGACGCUAACAGUUCUGAAGCUCAAAUGGUGUAAAUUCGAAAUACCAAUUAACUCUCUCCUAAAGACCAAGGUGACAAAAGAGAUGAUAGAUGCAAUCUUCAGCAACUGCAUCCACCUCGAGAUGCUUGAACUAAUCAAAUGCUCAAUGUAUGGGAUAUUGAACAUCAAUGCUCAAAAUCAUAAGAAGUUCAAAUCGCUGGUGGUAUAUUCUAUGCCAGACCUCUUGACGAUCGAUUUGGAUGCACCCACUCUAGAAUGCUACCAGUACGAUGGAUAUGUUAGGAUAGUUGACUUUUCACGAGUUAAUGCACUUAAAGAGGCAAAACUUCAUUAUAAUCGGAGUUACGAUUGGCAUAACUACAAUCCGUCAGCCAUGGUGAUUGCUAAUAUGGGUGCCUAUGUAGGAGUUCAUGUCCUUGCAACAACAAACAUUUUUCUUGAGGAGGAC